AUCAGGCUGUAAAGGACAUCAGGAUAUAAAGAGGAUUGCACUUGGUUGGUCAGGCGAUUCCAGUCGCGACGCUGAGUGGUUUGCAUAGUUUGGAUUCCAGUUGCUUAGCGUUUAGUGCAAUAGAUAUAAAUGAAAUUUGAGUCGGUUGUGACUUAGUGCAUUAGCGGUAUUGUUGUUUAAGAUUCAGGAAGUUCAAAAGGAAAAGUUUGUGCUGCUCAUUUAGUGUGGAAUACUGUUGAUGGUCAUGCUGAUGAUGAUGCUGCGGAGUGAAAUGGUUUUACCGCCAAAGCUGUUUUUCGUUCGCGCGUUCAUGCUGCUGUUCUUAGUUUUUCAAGAUGUCAAUGCCCAAAGCUAUGAAAGCCGCCGUUUGAAACCGUGUGAACUAGAGUCGCUGCUCCGGGACCUAACCUACCCGGAAGAGGGAUACGAAAUGCAUGCCGUUGCACUGCGUAACCAGCUGCGCCAUAUUUUGGAGCGUGAUCCUUCGGAGAAUUAUCAAGCACUCGAUGAUAGCGCGGAAAUGAGCCGUAGUGGCCCGUACGAAGACAAGCGCUCGUAUCGGUCACUGUUGCGUGACGGACCCGUCUUCGGCAAACGAAAUGUGGGCGCACUGGCACGGGCGGGACUGCUGCGAAACCAACCGGAAUACCUCAAACGAAGCUUGGCAACGUUGGCCAAAAAUGGACAGCUACCGUCGCGUGACACCGAUUCGGAGGAUACAACACCUGACAGCGAGUGGAGCGAGGAUAAGCGUAAUGUCGUGUCGGCGCUAAAAUCGGGCUACAUGCUCAAUGGCAAGCGUAACAUUGCUUCGUUGGCCAGAAAGUAUGAGCUGCCGGGCAAGCGUAACAUUCAAUCGCUGCUACGCACGGGAAUGCUUCCGUCAAUUGCCCCGAAACGUAACAUCCAAUCGUUGGCACGCGAAAAUGCGCUGGCCGGAUAUGGAAGUGUCGAUAAGCGAAACAUUCAGACGCUGGUGCGCGACUGGAGCUUACCGAAGCAGCAUAAUAAGCUUUCCGAGGGCAGCAGUUCAACAGGUGAUAAUGAGAAACGUAACAUUCAAUCGCUAAAGAACUCACAGGGCGGUGGACGCAAAAAGCGCUCGCUGUACUACGACGAGCUGGAGGAGAGCAGCCCGGAAGUGUUGGAACCAGUGUAUCAAACGGCCCCAUUGGACUACGAGGAGCUGAUGGAAGCGAUGGUGCAAACAUAUCCUCUCUACAGUACCGACAAUCAUCUUGAAGAGAAACGAUUCCUCGGUCGAAUUUUACUCCCGACCCGAGCCACUACGACAACCAACCAGCGGCGUAUGUAGACAAUGCAUUCAUGGAUACCGAGGCACCGUUAGUUGGGGAGCUCCAGGGCUACAGUCCACGUGGGGCGCUGCGCCGCCCCGAGUUGCCGCGCUACACUGGCGAGGCCUACGCGAGUCACCCGUACGCGCAGGAAGAGUUCAGUGAACGUGUGAAUCCUUUCUACACGGACGACGAGUACCGUUGCGCCAACCGGCUCCGUAAGUUACUUUACUAUCUGAAGAAACAGUAUUACCUUGACAAUAAGUACAUUCAAGCCACCUAUGGCCGGAAUUCGGGUUAUUAUAAGUAAGCAAAGUUGCCAAACAUAGUAAGGGCAGGAACUCCAGAUCGCCAAGCAUGGUUUUACUACAUUCAAGACGCAAUUUUGAGCGGCUAGACAGCUGAAGGAUUAAAAAUGCAUAUAAUGAUUUGUCUUUGUUCACAGUUUUGCCAAACUCCUUCUCCCGUAUAAGGGUCUUGAAAAACAUGUAGCCAAAGCAAAUCGAGAGCUGCGGUUUUUAUCUAUCUCUAAGCAAUUCGGAGAGGUCGUGCUGUUCAAGUGCUAGGGUUUUAACUUCCCAAAAAGCACACAAGAAUUUCUAUACUACUGAAAAAAAAAAAACAGAAAAGUAAUAUCCAAUAUACGUUCAUAUCCGUUCGCUCAUAUCAAAUCGAUGAAAUGAUUAACCAAUAUAAUCCAGAUGGUAGUGAAUGUCUUGAGAUCCAUAUUAUACGCUAUACAAGAAACUUCCAAUUUCAAAUCUCUUGUACGAUCUACAAUUUUUUGUUUGCGGUGGUACAUUAAAGAAGCUUACAUGUAAGAAUUUAACAUAAAAAACACAUAUUAUCUGCUAUUCGGGUAUAAAGGUAGACCGAGGUAGACCAUAGACUGCAGACAGAAGGCGGUAGGCCAGUAGCAAGUGCUCGGAGCACCAGCGUAGAACGGAGAACGGUAGUGACUGAUGAUAUUCCAUCGCACUUGUUCUGCUUGUACGGUGGUAGUUUCGAAAGCCAACAGACCCAGCAGAUCACUCGAUCGCGUGGGUAGAGACAUGCAAAAAAGGGGUAAAACAGAUCACGUUCAAUUACAACUGCAUACAACUGGUUUCAACAUCUAGCACAAUGCAUGGUGAAGUAUACAACCAUCUCUGCUCGGUCGAUCGUACUAAAUAGCUGAAUGCACUACACUAAUGGGAAACGGUAAUACAGUGUAUCGAACCAAUCGGAAAGGCAUGUUGGUGAUAAAAGUUAUUUGGAACGUUUGUUGGAGCUAACUUUCUGCUCCGCGUUGUUUCUGGCUGCUGGCGAUUCUGUCAAAGUCUAUGAGCUACAACUGUAAGGCAGGGACAAAUAUGAUAAUGUGCUUUGAAGUUGUUGGAAUGUGGUACGAUGCAUUGGGUUGUUAAUUAUAAUUUAUUUAUAAUUUCGCGAAAUGUUUGUAUGUUUUCACACUGAACAAGAUUGCAGGGUUUUACGAUUCAGUUUUGAUUGAGUAGGUUCCUUGUUGAAAUGCAAUUUCACCAUGAGUGAAUGAUUCCAUCAGUGGAAAAAAUGAAAUUAAAUGCUCACGAUCGUAAGUUCUUUGCUGGCAUCUCAAAAUAUAUGCUGCUAACAAGAAAUCGGAUGAAGCGAGUCGAAAAUGUGUGCUCAAAACUAAAUGGUAAAACCCUGUAUUAAUCAAUCAAUAAUUUGAUCUCAUUUUUGAAUUAACGAUCUUCUAGCUCCUGAUUUUGUUCCCUCAGACUUAACUCUCAGACUGUUAAUUCACACAUAUUCAUUCUGCUUUUAUUUGGCCUAAUAACUAAAGUAAGUACAGAAAAUGUUGUUGUGACAUGGCAUGGCACUAAAAUGUAACCCCAACAGAGUGCUACCGAAACAAACAAAAUAGAAAUGGGACAAUAAAACUGCAGCAAAAGAUGUGUUCGUAAGCGAGCGGGCACGCUUAGCUUAGAUUGAGCGAUUGAGCGUUCGAUUGAAACAUAUUUUAGAUAGCAUAGUCAGCACAUCCUGGCCGACGAAUGCUUACGAAUGGACAAUAAUAAUUUGGUUCAAAGCAAACAAAAAAAGGGAAAUAAUGAAUAAAAAAACAAAACAAAGCAAAACAUCAUUCAAAGCGGCAAAGUCAGCAUUAGUUUGCUUGAUAGAUAUGUUUGCUAUUCCAAUAAAAACACAGAAUAAUCGCUGCGAGUAAAUGUAAGUUUUGUGGAACGGACAAUAUUAGAGAGACAAAAGGAAAAGAAAAGAAGAAACAUUUAAAAAACAAUACGUCAAUACUGAAGGCUGAAACUAAAUCAAUGUUGGAUGUGCAAAUGUGUGUGUCUGAUGAGCAACAGUGUAUUAUAUCUACCGGAGACAAUAAAAUCCAAUAACAAUAAUGAGUCAAGCAGGUGAGGACAAUACAAAUGGCUAGGUACUAAGAUGGUAUGCAGUGCAAACGAGACAAUAAUUUAUAACACACUCAAAACACGCACACAUACACCGAGAAAAGCAUGCACAAAUCCAUGCGAACAUAGGUAGUGUGUUACGUACGAGCAACGUUUAUACUUGAAUGUUUAACAAUCCAGUAACUUUGUAUAAGCAUAUUCACUGUACUCUAAUGGGCCUCCCAGGGGAGGUUUAAAACCAGAACAAAAAACCAUCAAUUAAAUACUUACACUUGCUGAGGCAAAACACGGCGCAACACAAGGAGAAUAUUCCGCCAAACAUCCUCCUUCAAACCAAAGUGUUAAAGGUCAGUGGCGCUAGGUGGGAGGACGUGCGAAAAAGCGCAGGAAACUCGUUUGUCUUCAAGAUAUUCAAAAGAAGGUGUUGAUUAUGUUAGUAAAAGUGUGUAAUAUAAAACGCUUCCAAUGCUACCCCGCUCUCAAUAUCGGCGGAAGCUGAAUAGCACACAGCAAAGGUGAAGGAAUUAUAUACUACUUAGCGUAAAGCAUAUUCUUAUACAUAUAUACACAUGAUAUACAUACGCAAGGUGAAAAGAAAACAAAACAAAUCUAUUUAUCAGACUCUUCCUCCUCCUUAUUAUAUGUGCUAAGGAAACAAAACAGACAAACAAACAACACCCAAACUAAAAAUUAUAACAAACUCAUGUAAGAAGAAAUAAGACAAUGGAAUAAACCAGUGUGCAUAACAGCAUAACUCACAACA